CCAGAGCUGAAGAGGGAACAGCUGAUACUUUUCUCCUCAGCUUCGCAGCCAGCCUCUCUCUUCAAUAUUAUGGGGGAAAGCUGGCAAUGUGGAAAAAACCUCUUCCUUCUCCUUCUGCUGUCCGUCCUUCUCAGGACCCCUGUAGCUGCCUCCAAAUUGCAAUAUGUGGCGUUGGUACCCAGCACAAUCUAUGUGGAGAGCACUGAGAACUUCUGCAUCCAGAUGAGCAAUCUGAAGGAAACAUUCAACUUGACCCUCUUGCUGAAAUCCGAGAUCCAGGAUUUUAUCCUGAUUCAAAAGACGGUAAAACAGGACAAUGAAUUUCAAUGUACUCCUUUCCAGAUUCCCGAGGACAGCAACAUUUCUCCCCCAUUGGAAGCCACUCUUGAGUUGAAGGGAAAUGACUUGACCCAGAAUUUCAGGAUCCACAAAAUGGUGAAAAUUGAGAAACCAAAGCAUCUGGUUUUCAUCCAGAUGGACAAACCAAUCUACAGAGCGGGACAACAAGUUCAGUUUCGCAUCGUCUCUAUCGAUACAGAUUUACAUCCCACGAAGAAUAAGUUUCCAGCUGUGUACAUCCAGGAUCCCCAAGACAACCAGGUGUUCCAGUGGAGAGAUGUGGAGGUUCCGUUGGGCAUAAUCCAGCUUUCCUAUUCUCUAUCUUCCGAUCCCCUCUUGGGCACCUACAAAGUGGUCGUAGAGAAAGACUCCAUGGAAGUUGCAGAAUACAGCUUUGAUGUGGACGAUUAUGUUCGGCCCAAAUUUGAUCUUUUGGUGAAGGCCCCGAAGUUCGUCACGAUUAUGACGAAGGAAAUAGAAGUUAGUGUGUGUGGCAGGUACCCCAAUGGGAAACCAGUGCCUGGCCUGUUGAAACUGAGCCUCUGCCGGCAUCUCGAAAUCAGUGAUACUGAUGAAAACCUGUGUAAAGAAUUUGAAGACAAGGCAGAUGGAGACGGCUGUUUCUCCAAGGUGGUGAACAUGGAGGAGUUCCACCUGAGGUGGCUCGGCUUUUCGAUGGCCAUCGCCGUAGAAGGCAAAAUCACAGAGCAAGGGACAGGAGUGGAGCUGAGUGCCACAGAAACCAUUGAGAUCACGUCCACGUUGAGCAAAAUUACCUUUGAAAACCCAGACCGUUACUAUAAACCCGGCUUGCCCUAUGUCGUGAAGGUGAAGCUGGUAGACAGUUACAACAUGCCGAUCAGCAAUGGAACAGUGGAGAUUUUUAUACUGACAACUCACCAGUGGCUCAAUCAAGUGACGGACGCUGAGGGGAGAGCUGAAUUCUCCAUAGAAACCACUAAUUUAGAAGAAGACGAUUUUUUUUUUUCGGCUUUCUAUCAAAACAAACCUUGGUGUAAUAGCGAGCACUGGGUUCAACCCAGUCACAUUAAAGCAAGUCACACGGCGUAUGUGCUUUAUUCUCCAAGCAAAAGUUACCUACAUACUGAGCCUGCGUCAAAAACGUUAACCUGCCAGCGCCAUGAGUUUUUUCGGGUGCAUUACAUCCUUAACCGAGGUGAUUUGAAGGAGGACGAGAUUGUCUUCUAUUACAUGGUCAAGGUUAGGGGGAACAUCAUACGAACAGGGACACACCGGCAGCCAGUGGAACAGGGAAAAGAAGCCAAAGGGGACUUCCUUUUGAAAGUCUGGAUAGAUGCUGAGAUUACUCCCAGCAUCGACUUGCUCCUCUACACCAUUUUGCCCAGUGGAGAACUUGUUGCUGAUUCGAAAAAAUUCAUCGUACAAAACUGCUUCCCCAACAAGGCCAAACUGUGGUUCCCUGAUCAAGAAGGUCUGCCUGGCCAGAAAACCCAACUCCAUCUUUCAGCUUUCCCCGGUUCCCUCUGUGCCGUCCAUGCCGUUGACCAGAACGUCUAUCUCUUGAAACCUGAAGCUGAGCUCUCCCCUGAGAAGGUUUACAGCUUCCUUCCCAAGAAGGAGUACAUCUUCUCUGUUGACUGCUUUAUGGAUGCGUUCAAUCUUCAUCCCUGUCCUGAAGAACAACCAACCAGGAGUGAAAGAAUUGGCACCUCAGUGCAUUUUCUCCCUGAGGAUUGGGAUGCUUACAAGAUAUUCAGGGCCUUCGGCUUGAGCAUUUUUACCAACACCAAGAUACGCAUCCCGGGAUACUGCUCCGACCGUGUGAUGGAAUUUGAGUCUGAACUUUUCCCAGUAUCUGGAGAGCUUUUUCUUGCUCAGGGUCUCGUUCCAAUCCCUACAUCUGAUGAAUUAGUUCAAGUUUUUCGUCCGGGAUCUCCCAUUCCUGUCACUCCUCCCACUCCUCAGGUUGAGGCUGCCCCUAAAAGGACACCUCAGCGCUUCCUUCCUGAAACGUGGAUAUGGGACCUCGUUUUUGUAAAUGGUUCUCAAGGAAACAGCCAAUCUCAAGUCCAUCAGUCUAGUAGAAAACAUGAUGUAUCUGAAGAACCCAAAGAGAUUGCACUUCCUGUGACCAUCCCGGACACCAUCACCGAAUGGAAAGCUGGAGCUUUCUGUUUGUCAACAUUCAUAGGCUUCGAUUUGGCCCAGCCCACUUUUCUGAAGGCCUCCCAGCAGUCCUCCAAUUCAGAAUAACAGAAUAACAGAGUUGGAAGAGACCUUCUAGGCCAGUGUUUUACAGGCCAACCCUACUGUUCUGUCCUAACUACAUGUUAGUCUGUGUGCAGCUAGACAUGCAGCUAAACCCACCUAUCCUCCAUAAAAAAGACCGUGGGCGUAGAUCCGAAUGCUUUAUUGAAAGAACAGGAUAUGGUGAAAUUGGGGAAAAUAAGGAUACAUACAAUGAGGACCAAAUACAAGACAGGCAGUAUUGCGUUACUGCUGAAAAUAACAAUUAAUAAAUACAAGUAAUCUAAAUCUCA